CACGACGCCACAAUGGGGAAAAUCUUCCGUGUAGCAGUAUUGGGUUAUAAAGGAGAAAAGAUUAUUGUUGAUGUUGCAAAAGACCAGAAGGAAUUUAAUGAAAUGACUGUUCUGGAGUUCAAGAAGAAAUUGAUCUCAAAACUUCCAGGUUAUUCAGGUGAUCCUGAUGAGAUGCGUUUGAUUUUUGUCAAAACUCAACUGGAAGAUGCAGAUAAAUUCUCUGAUCACCAGAUUAAGGACAUGUCUCAAAUCAUGAUGGUUCUACGUCUUCCUGGAGGUGGAGGGAUGAGCUAGAAGAGCAAACUUACAUAGAAAAUGAAACACGAUUAAGGAGUUCCUGUUUUUGAUAAAUUACAAUAAUAAUCACGUUUGAUGUAGUGGCUUUGUCGGCAUCAUGAAGACAUCUUAAAGUGCUUCACACUGCUCGCAAUUGAACCAGAAUGAUACAAAUGUAGUGCUUUUUGAUGAAUGGCUACACUUUAUUUUCAUUACUCUGGUGGUGGGACUUUCUGGUUAAACCACUUUGCCCUGACAUUGCACUCACAAUGUUGGGAGAGUGUUUGCAUGGGAAUAUAAAUAUGAACCGUUUUGUAAAAAUCUGCAUGAACAUGUUUUAACCCCCACCACACACACUCAUACACAGAUUUCAUUCCUAUGUGAAGUUUAAUUCUCUGCGGUUAUGGUGAUUAAGCGCUCCGAGGUGCUGUCCGGCAUGAAGGGCGCUAUGUAAAUGUAAGUUGUUGAUGUUGCUAAUUCAUGUUUAUAUUUGGUUAUAUUAAAUAUUCACCAGAGUAUAAAUCCGAGGAAUGUACUUUUCCGGGCUGCAAUUGUUCAGAUAAUGUCACAAAGAAUAGUCACCUAUGUAUUUAAUUGCCAGUUUAAAAUGUUACUGGGAUUGCCUUCAUAAUUUUAAUUAUUAUGAGGUUAAUAAAAAGCAAUU